AUGCAGCUCACCACCCUCUUGCUCGCCGCGCUAAGCGCCGUCUCUGUCUCUGCAUCGCCCUCAUGGAUGGGUGGCGACCAGGUCACGAUCCAGGAAGAGUACAAGGUCCCAGGCGACAACCCCUUGUAUUUCUGCGGUGACCCAGCCAACGAUCUUCUUAAGAUUGAGAAGGUUGACCUGAGCCCCAACCCACCCAAGCCUGGCGAGACGCUCAGCAUCAAGGCCACAGGCGACUUCAAGGAGGAAGUCGGUGAGGGUUUCACAAUGCACUUGCAAGUCAAGUACGGCAUCAUCACACUCAUCAACCAGAAUGCAGACGGCUGCGAAACGAUAAAGAAGGGCGAUCUCGAGUGCCCGCUUAAGAAGGGCGAGAUGAGCUUGACCAAGGAUGUUGACCUGCCCAGGGAGAUCCCUCCGGGCCAGUACACUGUUCUCGCAGACGUCCUUACCGAGGACGGCGACAAGAUUACUUGCCUGACCGCCAAGAUCGCUUUCCACCGGGUAGAUACGGAGGACAGUAAUACGGGCAGUGGUAGUAAAGUCAAGUUUGGACAGCCGAGAGUGCAAAUGUCUGGGCCCCUCGCCGGGCUUGUGCAAGAGCGAUUGAGGCGAAGGAACGAGCUGUAA